AUGUCCAGCAAGUGGCAUCAUAAUUUUCCGAAAAUUGCUCGCGAAGCAGGUUUUGCGAUUCGGGAGCUUUCGAUCGGACACUGUAUCGACUGGAGAUUUGUUGCUUCUAUCGAUCCCUAUGCCAUUGUUAGUGAGUGUGAUUACGAGAAAUUGGAUGAAUUCAUUCCACACAUCUCGGAAGUGCCCAUCGGAACCGUGCUAAACAAUCGGAUCCUUGAUCCCGCCAUCGGAAAGUACUUUAUUCUGGCCCAAUUUAGCAUUCAGUAUCUGCUGUUCUGCAAACAAUUUCUCGACGAAACCGUGGUCGAGAUAAGAAAUACCAUCCAAGCGCUGCAGAGCGAAAAUGGGCGCUUGGAGAAGCUGGCGAAAAAACGGAACGAUGAAAACGCGCUCCUCCAGCGCAAGCUGCAGCGUGCCGAAGAACUUCAGAACCACCAACAGACGACCGUUUAUCCGUGUUCGCGGUGUACCAAAAACUUUAUCAGCCCCGAGCUGCUCAGUGCCCACAUCCUUCGGAAGCAUGCCAGUGCUCGGCCACCCUCGGAUGCACCCGUCGACCACAACCCAUCCGAUACCGAUAAGAGCCUAAUAAACACCAUCAAACUGGAGCUGGAAGUAAAGCAAUUGAAAGAGCGCCUGAAUGCCGCCGAGAAGGAUCUACACGGUCAUCGGUCAGCCAAGGGCCAUCGUUGUCGGGUUUGUUCGGACGAGAGCAGAACCGUUACGCCGCAGCAACAGGAAAACGCACCGAGGCAGCACAAAAUCCUGCACAGCAUCGGAAUACAGAGCAAUUUGACGGACGAUAAAGAUUGCAAUGAAAAAGAAGUACAAACCCAAACCGACCGUCACUCGAACCGCAAUUUAAGCCCCUCGUCCCCGGUGGAGCUGCUCCAAAAAGAGUUACCUAACGAACAGACGAUUUCCAAAGCGGAUCUCCAAUCUUUUCUCGAGGAACAGAAGCAAUUGUACGAAUUUUGGAAGACAAAUGAAAGGCAAAACAUCCAUCAGGAAAUUGAGGCGGUCAAGAAGAAUCUGGUCGAUGCCAUCCAGACGAUCGAACGAUCGGAACGAACGACUCCGCUUCCGAUGGCCGACGAAAGUGUGUGGAAGGACCGGUACCAAGAGUUGGAGAAAAUGUACGAGGGAAGCCAAAAGCAGGCCCGGGAAACCAUGGUAACAUUCGAAGAGGCGUACACACAGAAAAUGGAACAACUGGAAAAGUUGCUCUUGAAAACGCACGAGGCAGACGAGGGGAAAGAUGUUCCGUUGAACCGUACCAAGAAUGUCACCAGAAACCAGGGCCAAUCGGCGCCACUAAAGUUGAUCACCCUUCCAGAGAUUACAAUUGAAGGUGCAGUAGCACCGCCCGGAUUAGAAAAUCUUGAUAACAUCGAGAAGGAUAAGCAGUCCUUCUCUUCUGAAACCGAAUCGACCGAAAGCGAUACAGAGGUGGUUCCAAUUGAACGUAGUAAAGACCUUCGUAUCACCAAACACCCUAACGACUCGGUAGAUGUCGCACACCAAGAACCACAAAAUGCAUUGCCGCAAUCGUACCCGGCCAAAACCCUGUUAUUGUCACCCAAAAAACAAAUAUUACAUCAAUUCCGGUCCCGUCUCAAAGCAAUCGGAAUUGAUCCUAGGGCUAAGCAGUUAACCGUAGACGGUUUUAAUGUGGCCGGCGAGGCGCUAGCGCAACAAAGGGACGUUCAAAAGAAGAAGCAUAAACAUUUCUUCAUUACACGCAAUCAGUUGCUCUCGAAAGUCGAACAAAUGGCGCGAGUAAAGGUUGGAGAAAAUUCCACCCCUGUGGCCAAUGCCCCACCGUUGAAAGGGCAACCAAACGUAAUACCUAAGGCCAGCAAACCGACCACUCGAUUACGGUCCUCCCCAACGGUAGAGUUGUUACCGCUGAAACAAAGCCUACAGAUUUCCGAAACUUCCGCCAAUCUGUCCACGGACAUGAGUAUGUUCCGAACGAAAUCGUCCAUCACAACAUCGGUGCCCACUGCACGGCCCCUUAUUAAACUUGCCGGGGACGAUGUCAUUACAGUGCAUGCCGAACUAACACCCGUUACUGUGUCACGGCCGGCGCCACACAGCCCAGUGCCGCCGAAACGAUCAUCUAUUAGCACGUCCGAUCAGCACGUCGAAAGGUUGCUGGAUACUCCGAUAAAGAUGUUAAACACGCUGGCACUAACGGCAACUAACAGACAUGACACGGUAGAGAAACAGACCUCGGACAUUAGUGAAAUACUAGAAACUGUUCCAUUUCAACCGAAACCGAUUCCCAAAAAGAGAGUACUGUUCAACCUGGACCGAGUGGAUGGCACGGCUGCCGUAGGCUCGUCGAUUAGCAAGGAACCACCGGCAAAGCCCAAAAGUGAUCAUUUAAUCGCGUUGUCGGAAGUUCCACAGCAUCGCGCCAGAGUGGACGAUGAUUCGGAUUGGAAUAUUAGUAGUUUCGAUGAUGAUAAGUGA